CCAAAAUGUCGAACCCCCGUGUUGAAGAGAUCGUCGACGACAAGCCCGAGCAGCAGGUCGAGGUUGAUGACAGCAGCUCCGACUCUGAGGGCGAGGAGGGUGGUAUCCCCGCCGGCUCGUCCGUCACCGUCCACUCUCGCAACGAGAAGAAGGCCCGCAAGGCCAUUGCCAAGCUCGGCCUGAAGAAGAUUGAGGGCAUCACUCGCGUCACUCUCCGCAGACCCAAGAACGCCAAGAUCGAGGACCUGAACUCGCAAGCCCAGGCCGCCGCUGCCCAGCAGCUCUCCCAGCAGGAGGGUGCCGCCGAGCACACCCACGACCACUCCGACAAGGGCAAGGCCCCCGAGGUUGAGGCCAAGAAGGAGGAGGAAGAGGAGGACGACGGUGAGGAGGUUGACGAGACCGGUCUCGAGGCCAAGGACAUUGAGCUUGUCAUGGCCCAGGCUUCGGUCAGCAGAAAGAAGGCCGUCAAGGCCCUCAAGGAGAACGACAACGACAUUCAACCUCAGUCGAUGUUCGCGAAGGCCAACGGAUCCCGCCUGCACCGCCGUCUCUCUCCCCUCUACCUUCCGUCAAUCCAACCCAUCGUCACAAUGGCCGUCGGACGCAACGCAGCCCUCAAGCUCGACUGGGCCAAGCUCUCCCAGCAGCUCUCCCUCAAGGGUCAGACCGCCAACUCCCUUGUCGCCUUCAAGAAGCGCAACGACGACGCCCGCCGCAAGCUCGCCCAGCUCCAAGAGCAGCAGCAGACCAUCGACUUUGCCCACUACCGCGGUAUCCUCAAGAACUCGGCCGUCGUCGACGACAUCGAGAAGCAGUUCAGCGCCUUCCAGCCCAAGAAGUACGACGUCAACCGCCAGAUCAAGGCCAUUGAGGCUUUCGAGGCCCAGGCCGUCAAGGCUGCCGAGCAGACCAAGUCCAACGUCGACGUUGAGCUCAAGGACCUGCAGAAGACAUUGAAGAACAUUGAGGACGCCAGACCAUUCGAGGACUUGACCGUCGUGCGUACACCCGCUUUUGCAGUUCCAAAAAUCAGCCCCUGUCUAAUAAAUUCGUCUAGGNACGAGGUUGCUGCCGCCCAGCCCGAGAUCGAUCAGCGCACCGAGCAGCUCGUCAAGAAGGGCCGCUGGAUGGUGCCCGGAUACAAGGAGAAGUUUGGCGAUCUUUCCAUCCUU